AAGUCUCGUUGUCGUUUGAGAUCGGCGGGUGUGUGAGGUAGCCAGGUACACAAGAAAGAUCACCGCCUUGUGAAUUAAACGGCUAGUGACUUGCUCGACUGCAACGGAACAGCAGGGCAAACGAAACUAAGAUUUGAAUUUUGAAGCUCCAAAGUGUCUACAUGGCCGUCAGAAGAGGACACAUACGAUAUUUAAAAGUUUGUGAGGUUCAGAGCCAAGGGAAUGAAAGAGACAAGAGUGCUGCUGCAAAGCAAGACGUGUACGAUAUGCCAAAUGGGUACGAAGACCACAUGGGCGAUGAGCCAAGUAAUGCUAAAACCAAUCUGAUCGUCAACUACCUGCCCCAGAACAUGAGUCAGGAGGAGCUUCGCAGUCUGUUCAGCAGCAUUGGAGAGGUGGAGUCAGCCAAACUCAUAAGGGACAAGAUGGCAGGCCACAGUUUAGGGUACGGAUUUGUUAACUAUGUUAACCCUAAUGAUGCAGAAAGGGCAAUCAAUACACUCAAUGGCCUGAGACUACAGUCUAAAACUAUCAAGGUCUCGUAUGCCCGGCCGAGUUCUGAAAGCAUCAAAGAUGCCAAUCUGUACAUCAGUGGUUUACCCAAGACCCUGACGCAGAAGGAUGUCGAGGACAUGUUUACCCGUUUCGGACGCAUAAUUAAUUCUCGUGUGCUGGUCGAUCAGGCUUCAGGACUGUCACGUGGAGUGGCUUUCAUUCGGUUUGAUAAGAGGUCUGAAGCAGAUGAAGCUAUUAAACUACUGAAUGGCUCCAAACCACCUGGUGCCUCUGAACCAAUCACAGUGAAGUUUGCUGCCAAUCCUAACCAGACCAAGAAUUCCCAGCUCCUCUCCCAGCUCUACCAUACUCAGUCCCGUCGGUUCGGAGGACCCGUUCACCAUCAGGCCCAGCGCUUCAGGUUCUCACCCAUGAGUGUUGACCACAUGAGCAGUGUCUCCAGUAUGAAUGUGCCCAGUAGCUCUUCCUCUGGCUGGUGUAUCUUCGUCUAUAAUUUGGGUCAGGAUGCAGAUGAAGGUAUUCUCUGGCAGAUGUUUGGUCCUUUUGGUGCAGUCACCAAUGUCAAGGUCAUCCGUGACUUCAAUACCAACAAAUGCAAAGGGUUUGGGUUUGUUACCAUGACAAAUUACGAGGAGGCAGCAAUGGCCAUCGCUAGCCUGAAUGGAUAUCGCUUGGGGGACAAAGUCCUGCAAGUGUCAUUUAAAACCAGCAAGUCUCACAAGUGAAGGCACUUUUCUGAAAGUUCAAUCAGCAUUGCUCUAAAUGAUUUCAGUUAUUGUUGACUGUCUACGUAAACAUACUCGUGUGCUAGUGUUUUACUCUGAGGUUGAGCAUAUGUAGAUUUUUUUUUUUUUUGGUCAAGAUUGAUCCCUGAUGACUGUUUAACUGGCAAUUGUAAAGCCCUGGACAAUGCAAAUAUUUAUCCAGGGUUUUGUUUUCGGAGUUUUUUUUGGAAUGCCUUCAAUGUCUCAUGGCAUUGUUGUUCUGUUUAUCUUUUAAUCACACUGGACGAAUGGGUCUAGUGUUGUUUUCUUUAUCAUAUUAAGAUGUGAAGAGUUUUGGCAGUGUCCAUACAAACUACAUUUCCCUUUGUAAAUAGUGAAGAAAUGCAUCUUGUUGUCCAGCUAACCCAUCUGUAAGGGGAAAGAUCGGAGGACCAAAGAUCUCAGAGUGUAACGCUUCUGCCUUUAAGUGUUCAGUUUUGCAGGUCCAUUUACUCCAAAACUGCAUUUUUUCCUUUUGAAAUUAAGUUUUAUAUUGUGUAGACAUUAAAGUUUGUUUUGCAUUUAACAGCAUGUUCUUUUUUCAGUUGUCUGUUUGCUUUUGUUUUAAAAAUGGUUCAAAGCUUUUAUUUUGUUAUUCUAUUUUUCAAACCGUGAGCAUUGACCCUAACACUUAACCUCCCCACUCAGAAGGUCUGCAAAGUUUCUUUCCAAAUGGAUUCAAUAAUAGGGAUAAGGUAGGGGCAUGGCUGCAAUUUAUAGUUUUGUUCACGUCAGUAUUAGGUAACAUUUGCAGCAGUAGAAAUACAUAUUUUUUGUGUAGUGUUUUUACUUUUGUAGUGAUGUACUCAGUCACUCCCUUGAUACAGCUCUGUACAUUAAUGUGAAAUUUUAACUUGAGUAAAACGUAUAGAUAACAGUUUUUUUUGGAGAUACUACAGUACUAGCAUACACCCGUUGCAGGUCAGCACUAAUAUUGUGUGCAUGUUCAAUUAUGAUCAAUGUAACUGUGUCAUUUGGGUCUUUAUUCAUAGUGUGACUUGAAGUCCUGAAGCAAGACUUUUCAUGUAUUCAAAUAAAUACAAUUGUUUUGUCGUAAAAAUGAAUACUGUUACUUGAAUUGUAAUGUUUUCUAAUAUAUAAAGAGUAAGGGCAAAUUUUAAAAUGGAUUUUUGUAUUACGAUUUUAUUUAGUGUAUACGUUAUGCAUUGAGUAUUUUGUUUUUUUUCACAAAGCUUUAAUUAGCCAAUUUUCUUUGCCAAGCAUUACACCAUAAAUAUUUUGCUCAUUUAAUUUAAAUGUUUUAAAGUUUAUAAAACCUUUAAAAUGAUUAGGUUUUAAAAAGAUUUGUAGUAAAAGAAAGAGUUAUUUCUCUUUUGACAGAAGAGGUCGCUCUUUCCUUAUUGGGAUUUGAGCUGGGAAGCAGAACAGGUUUUUCACUUUGUAAACCAAGUGUGUUUCAUCAGUGUCUUCACCAAUUAUUUGAAGUGAAAACUAGCCAUAAAAAUGUACAAUCCCACUUUAAACUGACUUGAAAAUGUUCAGUGUAUUUGGGUAGAGAAGGAUUAUAUCACCAGAGUCAAAUAAACUGAACUGAUAGAAAUCACAUGUCCUAUAGUGAACUUAAUUUUCAAUAUGUGAUGAUUAAAAACAUCUUAAACGUUCAUUAUUGUUUAGGAUUAAAAGCACUUGAGGCCUAAAAGCUCUGCUUUGGAGGAGCAUGUCAUGAAAGCUACUGCGUGUUUCAGUGGUCAUAACCUCUGAAUGGUUCAUUUGUUAAUUGUUUUUGGAAUGAUCAACCUGAGCUUUUAAACCUGAGGCAAGCGGCUCUGUCUAAUUGGAUGUAAUCUCUGCUCGUUUGUACUGCUUGUUUUCCCCAAAGCCAAAUCCAGGGCUAAUCGUCUGUGCUCACGUGCAUGCACGCGUUCACACAACACUGUGCAGAGAUUUAUACAAUUUUUAUUGAUUUAAAAUACAAUAAAAGUCAUAUAAAGAUACAAAAACAUUAUUUACAUGAUUGUGGAUAAUUGGCUUAUGGACAAACAUUUUUAACUGUAAAUGCUUCCCUCGUGUUUUUUUGUACACUAUAGUUCACCUGAAUUACAAAUGCCUAUGGAGUAAUUGUUCAACCAAAAAUGAAGAUUCCCAUAAUUUACUCUCAUGCCACCCAAGAUGUAUAAUCUUUUCUAUUGUAUGUUGCUAUAUUUGCAUUUAGUGCUUUUAUGGGUUUGUUUUUGAUUGAGUUUUGCUAAAUAAGCUCAAAAUAUUUCUCCCACAAACCUAUUGUUUUACUUCAGAAGACAUUCACCCACCCAUAUGAGCUUUGUAGUGCUACACAUUAAGUUGGGACCUAUACAUGCAGAUAUGUUUAUAAA